UUAGGAAGUGCUUUGCGCUACAUUUGUGAAAGCUGGAAGUUGGAAUCAGAAGUAAAGAUGAAUUUGACUGUCGUACGUUGUGUUCUUCUGACACUCGUCAGUUCGAGCUCACUUUUUCCCUUCCUAUUUGCAGAAGAAUGUAGGACAAGAAUGUAUCCUCCUAAAGGACCAACAUUUAAAAGUAAUGUCACUUGGUACAUGCUGAACCUUGAUUUGCCCCCUAACCAGAGGUGGACUCAGGUGAUAAAGGAGAAAAAAGCUGAAUUGACAGCAAUGAUACAGGCAAUAAAAGAUUUAGCCAAUGGCUUUUUCCAUGGAAAAUUAGUUCAUUUAGUAGACCAGGAGUUGCCAUUAAUUGUGGACAUGCUCCCAUACCCUUUUAACGAAGAAAUUAAAGGAAUUGCUUUGGUUUCUGGUGUCCCUUUAGGAGAAGUUGUGCUUUUCAAUAUCUUCUAUGAAGUUUUCACAGUGUGCACAUCAGUGGUGGCUGAGGACUUGAAUGGAAAAAUAUACCAUGCUCGGAACCUGGACUUCGGCUUGUUCAUGGGUUGGGACAAGAAAAACCAAACUUGGACUCUAACUGAGAAGCUCAAGCCACUUGUGGUGAACGUUGACUUGAAACGAAACAACAGAACAGUUUUCAAAUCCACCAGCUUUGCAGGAUAUGUGGGAAUACUCACUGGCAUUAGACCUAGAGAAUUCACUCUAACGAUGAACGAACGUUUCAAUUUUGAUGGAGGAUACAUAGGGAUCCUGGAAUGGAUUCUUGGCAAGAGAGAUGGAAUGUGGAUGAGCUUCCUCACACGAAAGGUCCUGGAAAAUGCAACCAGUUAUGAAGAUGCCAAAAAACAGCUUGCUCUUACUAAGUUACUUGCUCCAGCCUACUUUAUCCUUGGUGGAAACCAGACAGGCCAGGGUUGUGUGAUAACCAGAACUAGAAUCAACACCCUGGAUGUCUGGGAGAUUAACGUGACACUUGGGAGAUGGUAUGUGCUUGAAACAAACUAUGACCACUGGGAAGAGCCUUUCUUUUUGGAUGAUCGUCGCACACCGGCUAUGAAAUGCAUGAAUAACACUACAAAAGCAAAUAUUACUUUGCCGACUCUAUAUGAUGUACUUUCAACAAAGCCAGUUCUAAAUAAGCUAACCACCUAUACUGCCCUAAUGGAAGUAUCAGCUGGUACACUAGAAUCUUACGUCAGAGACUGUCCGAGUCCAUGUACGCCCUGGUGAUUUAUUUAGGACUGAACAUACUGAUAAAGCUGGUAUUGUGUCUGUGUAAGAUGUUUUUAAAGCAAGGCUAUAAUGCUGCUAGGUCUAUUAUAAUGCUAUAAUUUUACUCACAUAUUACAUUACUGUUAUUUCUAUGGAUAAUUUUUCUAGAUGGAGAUAACUACUUUAAUGUUCCCACAAAAAUAUAAAUGUUUUCUAUCUUACUGUUCAUACUGUUUGGUAAUCUUUCCUGACUAUAGUAUUAUGAGUAAAUAUUAAUUUAUCUAAUGUUUGAUUAAUAUUGUUGUACUUUUUUUAUUAUUUUACAAAUAAAGGUGUUUUUCUCUUUGUA